AGGAGUCAUUCUCACUCUCUCACUCCAGCUCUCUUGACCCGGAGCCAUUCUUUGCUUUUUCAGAAAACAAACGGGAUUAAAGUCCAGGGCUGGGACUUCCUCCUUGGGGUGUUUGACAAGGACUGACGUACUCUAGGCCCUUUGAAUCCCGGAAGUCCAGGACACACCCAACUUUUGGUGCAGCAUCCUGAAUGCCGGAGCAUAGGUAAAAGGACUGAAGCAAACAUUUCACCAUGAGGGACCCACUGACAGAUUGUUCGUAUAAUAAAGUAUACAAGAACCUAAAGGAGUUUUCUCAAAAUGGAGAAGAUUUCUGCAAGCAGAUCACAUCCAUUCUUCAGCAAAGGGCAAAUUUGGAAAUCAGUUAUGCCAAAGGACUUCAGAAACUGGCAACCAAACUGAGCAAAACAUUACAGAGCACAAAGAAAAACUGUCUUGUCAGUGCCUGGGCCUGGGUCUCGGAGGGCAUGAAGUCGGCAGCGGACCUGCAUCAAAAACUUGGCAAAGCAAUUGAGUUGGAAGCAGUAAAGCCAACUCAUCAAGUCCUGAGUGCACAUGAAAAGAAGAGAAAAUCACUUGAUAAUGAAGUUGAAAAGACAGCAAAUCUUGUCAUUAGCAACUGGAGUCAUCAAAUUAAGGCCAAGAAGAAAUUGAUGGUUAGUACCAAGAAGCAUGAAGCGCUUUUCCAUCUUGUAGAAAGCUCCAAGCAAAUUACGACCGAGAAGGAGAAGCAGAAGCUCCUCAAUAAACUGAAAAAAUCAACUGAGAAGUUGUCAAAAGAAGAUGAAAACUACUACCAAAAAAACAUGGCCAGCUGUUCUGCCAGACUAAAAUGGGAGAACACACUGGAAAAUUGCUUCCAGAGCAACCUGGAGCUGGAGAAGGAAAGAAUUCAACUCUUAUGCAAUAACUUAAACCAGUACUCCCAACAUAUUUCUGUUUUUGGCCAAACCCUGACCACAUGCCACACGCAGAUUCACUGUGCCAUCAGCAAGAUAGAUGUCGAAAAUGAUAUCCAGGCUCUCGUGGAAGAAACCGCAGUUUUAUCUACAGAAAAUAAAUCUGAGUUCCUAUUAACUGAUUACUUUGACAGUCUGUCUAAAGGUCUUCUCUCCACCAAUAUUCAGGGUCCUCGCUUUUCUCCUUCCUACCAGGAAGAAGAUCCUAAAAAUGCAAUGAGUAAAGAGCGACAGGCAUCUUCAAUAAAAUCAAAACUGUUGAGACUGCAAAAAGAUAUUGAAAAAGCCUCACGAGACCAGGAAGGCCUGGAACGAAUGCUGAAGGCAUACUCCAGCCACUCCUCCUUCUCAGACACAGAGAGCCAAAAAAGCACAGCAGCCUUAAUGGACGAGAAUAACUUGAAACUAAACCUUUUGCAAGCAAACGCCUAUAAACUGUCAUCCGUCUUAGCAGAACUUGAGCAAAGACCUCAACCCAACCAUGUCUGUAGUAACUCCAUCUUCAAGUGGAAAGAAAAGCAGCAGACCCAUAGUUCUGUAAAAAUAUCUCGGCCUUUUCUGACAAAGAGAUUAGAGAAUGUUGUGAGCAGGUCAUCUUCUGGUGGGCAGAGAAUUCCAAGUUCUUCAUCUACAGCCUCCGGUGUGACCCAGCUCGGCAAUGGUCUUUGCAAGGCCUUAUAUUCUUUUCAAGCCAGGCAAGAUGAUGAAUUGAAUUUGGAAAAAGGUGACAUUGUGACUAUACACAAGAAGAAAGAUGAAGGAUGGUGGUUUGGUUCUUUAAAGGGAAAAAAAGGCCAUUUUCCUGCUGCUUAUGUGGAGGAACUCCCUUCAACUGCCGGGGCCACAUCUUCACAAGCAUAAGCAAGAUUCUGAAGGCGUCGCCUUACACUCUGUAAAUUAUACAAUGUGGUGCAAAUAAAGGCGAAAGCUGUGAU